AUGGCUUCCAACGUGAUUGACCUCAUCUCAUCAAGUCCGCCGAGAGGUGUCCUGCGGCCGCCCAAGCAGGCGGCAGCCCGGCCCGACGCCGGCGCGUCCGGCCUGCCGCACAUCGAGAUUCACUCGGACGACUUUUGCAGCAGCGGUGACGACAUCGUUGAUAACAGCAGGCCUGUGGAUGAGCACGGCGCAAAACGGCCGCGCUUGUCUGUCGAAGGCGCCGAUGACCGGCAGUGCCGCCCCUCAGCCCCUUCCAUCGUGAAGCCCUCGUGUCAUACAAAUGGCCGGAACCUAAAGACAACUCCGGGGGAUAUCGAAUUCAUCAGCUCUAUCGGCUCCCAAACACUGGCUUCUCCCAACCCCCGCACGACCAGCUUAAAAAGGAGCAGGACAGAGCCAGCGCUGCCAAGUUCGGAUCCGUUUGCCAGCUCGCCGCCGGCGAGAGUUACUACCACAUUGGCAACUGCUCGAAUUGCCCAAGAUCUCUUGUCAGAUCCUUUCGCCAGUUCAUCGCCCAUCAGAGGGGUCGUUCCCAAUCGCACGGCAAAUACAGUACUUGCUCGGGGGUCGGAAAAUACCCAACUCGCUCAAUAUCCUUCAUCGGACCCAUUCGCUACUUCGUCGCCCGUGAGAAUAAUCGCUUCUACUCGCGCGCCCAACACAACACUCGCUCAGGAACCGACAUGCCAAAAACGUACAGCAGCUGCCUGGGACCCCAUAUCUAGCUCAGCUCCAUGCUCUUCUGCGCCUCCCAAGGUUGCAGAUGUACCAUCAAAUCGCUUAUCUCGAAGCCCAUCUAUCAUCAGUAUUGGGGACUCAUCAGCACCCAGCGAUGAUGACCUACCAACCAUUAACAAAUUUGACCUGUCACAAGGCCGGUCUUCACACUACAAUUAUCUGUCCGCUUCAGCCCCCAAGGCCAGUUCAACAACCAAAUCGAAGCGCAAGGUCUCUGAUCCUAAGCCCCAAAAAGUGCGGCAGACGGUCGAUUCAGCUCAACGCGCGGCAGCAGCAGCCCUUAAGAAGCAGCAGAAACGCGAUGAACGCGAACGAGCGAAGGAAGAGCGGCAGCGAGAAAGAGAUGUCGCUGCUGCUAUCGUGGAGGUUAACAAAGCCAAGGGAAACAGGAAGGUGUCUACCAAAGAAAUGAUUGUGGACAUACCAUCAUGCCUCCCAUCGACAAUCAAAGUGCAGCUGGAAGCGUUGCUCGAUGGACUGGAGGUGCAACAUCGAGACUAUGACAGCGUGGACCACAACAUCGUCAAAUGGCGUCGCAAGGUCAACAGCAAAUUUGACGACGAGUCAGGCCAGUGGGUUCCUAUGCCGCUACGCAUAGAAACAGAGGAUCAUGCUCUGGUGUUCCUCGCUGCAGAGGAUAUGGUGAAGCUUGCCUUGGGCGAUAGUCUAGACGAGCACCUGACCUCGCUUCGAAACCAAUGUCCGAACGCAAAACUGAUUUACAUCUUACAAGGCGUCGUGACCUGGAUGAAGAAGAACCGCAAUCUACGCAACCGACAGUUUGCGGCUGGUGUUCGAUCACAGACUGAAAGCCAGCCUGCACCCGGACGAAGGCGAGCUGAUCUAGCCGAGUACGUUGACGAGGACCUGGUGGAAGACGCCAUCCUCCGGUUACAGGUCGAGCACGACGUCCUUAUACAUCACACGGCCAUACCGCUCGAGACGGCGCAAUGGAUUUCCAUCUUUACGCAGAACAUUUCCACCAUUCCGUACAAGCGGCAAAAGGCCGAAGACACGGCCGGAGCGCGCUUCUGCAUGGAUAACGGGCAGGUCAAGACGGGCGAGAACGCGCAGGAUACCUACGUGCGCAUGCUACAGGAAAUCUUUCGCGUGACGGCCCCUAUUGCCUACGGCGUGGCGUCCGAAUUUGACACCGUUACGAAGCUGGUAGAGGGGCUGCAGGCGCAAGGGCCCAACGCCUUGGAAGAAGUCCGCAAGAGUGCCAACAAGGACGGUGCGCUCUCGGAUCGGGCGAUUGGACAGGCCACGAGCAAACGCUUUUACAAGAUAUUUACAGGCACGGACGAGACUAGCACGGAUGUAUGA